UGACUCAACUCCACUAAAACCGUUGCUGAGGUCCGACACAUGAGUACGAACUGAUGAAACUUCUGGAAAUACACAACGCUGACGUGUGAAUAAGACGCACAGGAGCAUAAACUGGAUUAAGGCUUCAGAGUUUAACACAGUGGAGAAACUAGCGGAGCUGAAAACAAGUUUAAAGUCAAUACGCCGGGUUUAUGUUUAUGCUAGUGUUAGCAUUAGCCUGCUAAUCUAAGGAAGAGGAAGAAGAGUGUGUGAAGUGUCCAAAUACAGACUGGACUGAGGGCUGCCUUCAGGAUGCGGCCCCGACAAAGAGGAUCCCACCUGGGUCUGCUGCUCCUGGCCUCCCAGCUGAUCCACGUGGGUUUUGACAACAUUCCCCCCGUGACUCUGGCUGUUCUGGGACUCAACGCCUACCUUUACCUGUUUCCAGCAGCUCCUCUGAUGAAGGCCUGCGUGAGCGUCCAACAGGCGUACUGGUACGGAGACUGGCGCCGCCUCCUGCUGUCGCCGCUGCACCACGCUGACGACAUGCACCUGUACUUCAACAUGGUGUCGUUCCUGUGGAAGGGGAUGAGGCUGGAGCGCCGUCUGGGCGGGGCCUGGUUCCUCUACCUGCUGUCCGUCUUCUCUCUGCUCACCGGAUUGGUCUAUCUGCUGCUGGAGGCGGGGCUUACGGAGCUCAUGCAGGACCAGUCGUACAGCAUGACCUGCGCCGUGGGCUUCUCAGGUGUCCUGUUUGGUCUGAAGGUGCUCAGUAACCACUACUAUCCAGGAGGCGUGACCUACAUGAUGGGCAUCCCUGUAUCCAAUCGAUACGCCAGCUGGGUGGAGCUAGUGCUGAUCCACGUCACAUCACCUGGGACCUCCUUCAUCGGUCACCUGGCUGGUAUCCUGGUGGGUCUCCUCUACACCUCCGGACCCCUGAAGACCCUCAUGAAACACUGUGCAGGGUUUGUAACGAAUGGCUUUAACUCCAGACCAUCUACAUACUUCAACUCCUCAGGUUACAGUGGUGGUGGUGGUUUUGGUGCUGGUGCUGGUUUUGGCGCUAGCGCUGGUUUUGGCGCUGGCGGUGGUGGCGGCGGUGGUUUUGGCAGUGGCGGGGGACAUCCUCCUUACGAUUACUCAGAUAACAGGACCAAUUACACCGCGUCCUACACCGGUGGACUGAGUGAGGAGGAGCAGUUAGAGGCGGCCAUCAGAAACAGCCUGAACGACAGAGGACGUCCAAGCGCCCCAGAAGCCCCUCCUCCUUAUGGUUUCAACCUCAGUGAGGACGACAGGAGAGCCGAGGAGAUCAGGUGGAGGAGGCUGAGGAGGUUCGACAGCUGAACCAGGAGACAACGAGGAUCCGGAGACGCGCGACGAGUCGGACUGUGCUUCUAAAAGGCGAGGAAUAAGUGCCUACAGAGAAUGAGUGGGACGUAGAUAAAGCCUGACGCUGAGCAGCUGAUCGACUGUUUGGUCCUUCGGUAUCAAAAUCAGACAUUUAUUUUCACAAAGUGUUGAUGUUUGUUGGUUCUGUUAGAGCUCGUCAGCUUUGAGUUACUAAAUAAGGGAUGAGAUGCUUCACAUUAAUCACAUUAAGUAUCGUAAACCAUCCAAAUGUCCCACAAAAGAGGCAGUUUCAUGUUUUCCAAUCAGAUUAAUAUCUAAAUCUAUUUACUUAGACGUCUCAAAGCUUCAAAUAAAAAGCCCAGAGAAUAUAAACACCAGAGCAGUGGUGUUGAACUCGUUUUAGUUCAGGUUCCACAUACAUUUACAUUUACAUUUAUACAUUUGGCGGAUGCUUUUUUCCAAAGCGACUUACAGGGGAAGAUUAACAAUUAAGCUCUUUCUCUACUU